UAAGGGUCCCCCUUCUGCACUCACUGAUGACUGCGUGGAUCAUCCUCCCUAUCAGCCUCUCUACCUUCUCAAUCACUGGAAUAUGGAUUGUCUACGCCAUGGCAGUCAUGAACCACCACGUGUGCCCUGUUGAGAACUGGUCGUACAACGAGUCAUGUUCUGCUGAUUCUGCCAAGCACGGCUACCCCAAAAGCUGCUGCACCUUGGAAGAUGUCCCUUUGAUCAGUAAAUGUGGCACUUACCCUCCUGAAAGUUGCCUCUUCAGCCUUAUUGGGAACAUUGGAGCUUUCUUGGUGGCCAUCAUCUGCUUCCUGCGCUACGGGCAACUUCUAGAGCAGAGACAGGCCUCCGGGGUGAACACAGCAGCCCUUGUCACAGGUUGCACCAACGCGGCUGGCCUGGUGGUGGUUGGGAAUUUUCAGGUGGAUUAUGCCAAAUCUCUUCACUACAUCGGAGCUGGUGUUGCCUUCCCAGCUGGCCUGCUUUUCAUCUGCCUGCAGUGCUUCCUCUCCUAUCACACGGCUGUUUCUGCCCUGGACUUCUGGAUGGCCCAUCUGCGUGUUUUCCUCUCCACCACGGCCUUCAUCGCUCUUGUCCUCAGCGGCGCCUUCUUUACCCACCAGAGCUUCCUCCUGCAGCACCUGGCCGCCAUCUGCGAGUGGGUCUUUGUCGUCAACAUUCUUGUUUUCUAUGGAACCUUCAGCUACGAGUUUGGUGCCGUCUCCAACGAGACCCUGGUUGCUGCCCUGCAGCACUCCAGCGGCCGAGGCUGCAAGUCGCCAGGCAGCAGCAGCAGCAGCCCCUCUGCCCACCUGAACUGCCACCCGGAGAGCAUUGCCAUGAUAUGAGGGCGGCGGGAGGGAGGGCCGGCCUAUCCCGCCCUCUCCGCUGCUCUGGCAGGCUGGCUUUUCUUUGGACCACUUUUUUAUACCAAGAUGGUUUUUUAAAGAAUACGUGGCUGCCUAGCCCAUCUGAGAAACUUCAUUUUCCAAACAUCCAGAGAUGUCCCAAGGAUCUCUUUGCCCACCUUCGCGUCAGGUCACCUUGAAGCGCUUUCUCUGCCGGAUCUCCUGCCACCCUUCACGGAGUGCCUCCAAGCCGGAAGGGGGCUCUUGUGCAUGUCGGGGUACCCAAGAACCCAGGUUCCUCUGGCAAAAAUUGUGCCUCACUGCCACCCCAUUUUCUUUCGAGGCAAGAGUUGCUUAAGCUCCAGAAGCAAAUUUAUUUGGGGGUGUCCUCUGUGCUGGUGGAAAUACACCCCUCCUCUUGUUCCAGGCCUUUCAAGAAAAUAAACCUGAAGUAUGGGAAAGAGACCCCCUCUGCUAUUUUCACAAACCCCCAACAUCAUACAGAGUUCCUUUCUCUCUUCAGCCCUGGGUAAAGUAGUUUGAUAUUUUGUAGAACUGUUUUGUAUCUUUACCUAUGUAAACGAAAUAUAAAAAGAGCUAUCAGGGGAAGACUG